GCGGUUCACAAUACGUCCUAAUAUGGAAGACGCGGGCUUACCAGCUGGAGAAUACAAACCUGUCUUCCACUAACGAAUUAAUGUAGUUCAGUUCGGCGACUGUGGUCAAUAGGCCAUCGAUUCCUCUGGCUGCAUAUGGAAGGCGGACCAAAUAAAACUGGCGUGAUUAUGCAGUCUGACGCCGCUGUCGCCUCUGUUACCGAUGAAGAUGAACUUUUCAAGCACUACUAUACCGCAUGGGGCGGUAAGGAAUCCAGGGUGCUUGAAGAACAACUGCCCGAAUUUUUUCACCGCGUACGUUCUCAUUUGAGUCACUUUGGUUUUCAACUCCAUCACACAGAUUCCCCAAGAUCAUGAAGUAUUGCCACAAAAGUUACGUCAAGAAGCCAGAGCCACCAUCUUAGAACGAAAAAGUCACGAACUCAUGGGAGAAGAGGAGUUACAGGUAUUGGUAACUUAGUUUCUUGGAUGGUGUUCCUCUUCCGUUGCCAGAAUUUGUGGUUAAUUUUGGAUAAAUACCGUAGUGCACCGGAUGCUGAUGGGAAAAAAUAUAUAACUUACGAAAACUUCAAAAAAGCCGGACGGGAGGCGAGUCCCAAGGCAAAAUCUUACUUCACCGCCUCACUGUAUGCGAAACUAGUGGAACCUGAGGAAAGACUUUGUCGGGUCGAGAUCCUCUCCUUUUACAAUCACGUCGUGAAGAAGGUUUGGCUUCAACAGGCUCGAAUUGGCAUCUCAUUGUACGAUGUCACCGGAGAAGGGUAUCUUCGUGAAAUGGAUCUGGAGAAUUAUAUCCUCGAACUCCUUCCUUCACUGUGUCAACUCUCCCAGUUGGAACCGUCGUUUCACGUGUUCUACGUGUGCACAGCCGUUCGCAAAUUCUUCUUCUUCCUGGAUCCACUGCGUGUGGUGUUCGUUCGCAUCACUGACAUUUUGGCCAGCACCUACCUGGACUCGUUGUUGGAGUUGCGUGAGUCGCAGACCACCGAAGCACAACUGGCCAGCAAUUGGUUCAGCCAUCAGUCGGCGAUGCGCGUCUACGGGAGUUAUUUACAGCUGGAUGAAGAUCGGAACGGGAUGCUCACUCGUGCUGAGCUAUCCAGAUACGGCAACGGCACUUUGACUGACGUGUUUCUGGAUCGCGUGUUCCAAGAGUGCACCACAUACGAAAGGGAAAUGGACUACAAAUCCUACUUGGACUUUGUUUUGGCAAUGGAGGACAAAUACGAGCCUCAGGCGCUUGCCUACUUGUUCCGCAUCCUCGAUGUGGGCGGUCGUGGUCGACUGACUCCGCUGACGAUCAAAUACUUCUACGACUCGUUGGAAGAGAGGCUCCGUAGCUCGGGCUACACUCCACCCACAUUCAACGAUAUUCUCAAUGAGAUAUUUGACAUGGUCAAGCCGGCCGAUCCGAACUAUAUCACGUUGGAUGACUUAUUACGCAGCGGUAAAGGGGACACUGUUGUGAGCGUCCUAACCGAUCUUCAAGGAUUUUGGGCGCAUGAGAACCGUGAAAUGCUCAUGUCCGAACUACCUGACGAAGCAGAACUGUGAAACUUCGCCCUCGCCACUUCCAUCUGUGUGUGAACUGCACACAAUGCGUAUUGUGCAAAAUGCGGCAGCAAACGUUUCUGGAGAACGUCUCAGACUGUAACCGAACGUAACGUUGGAUGUGCCCUGGAGUGCAUUGUUUUUCUAUACUUUUGACAUUAGAUUGCUUUUUCUCAC